AUGCAGGACAACCAGAUGGUGGUCAUCCUCACAGAUGCAGGAGACCCCGCCGAGGUCGAGGAAGCAGUGGAGCUGCCGCUGCCUCACCCAGAACUGUAUGAGGACAUCGGCAUCAAGCCGCCAAAGGUCGCUGCGGGGGCUGGCGUGGGGCAGGGGACUGGUUAG